AUGAGGCAUCCUAGAGAUGGUGAGGCGUGGAAGAGGUUUGAUACUACUUUUCCUGAAUUUGCUUCUGAUCCCCGAAAUGUUCGUUUAGGCCUAGCUAGUGAUGGUUUCAAUCCUUUUGGGACGAUGAGUACUACUUAUAGCAUUUGGCCAGUGAUUUUGAUUCCAUAUAACCUGCCACCUUGGUUGUGUACGAAGCAACCAAAUUUGAUCUUAUCAAUGAUCAUUCCAGGUCCACGUACGGUAGGGAAUAAUAUAGAUGUAUACCUACAACCCCUUGUUAAGGAGUUGAAUGAGUUAUGGUGUGAAGGUGUGGAAACUUUUGAUUCAUCAAAGAAUGAAAUGUUUAGAAUGCGAGCAACUCUUAUGUGGACAAUCAGUGACUUUCCCGGACUUGAUAUUUUAUCCGGUUGGAACACACAUACUGGUUUUGCAUGUCCCUCUUGCAAUUUUGACACAGAACCUUGUCGACUUCGUCACAGUAAAAAAUGGUGCUUUAUUGGUCAUCGCCGAUUUUUGGCAGGAAAUCAUAAAUUUAGAUUGAUGAGACAUCAUUUUUUUGGCAAUGUGGAGGAGAGGAACCCGCCAAGAAAGUUAUCCGGGUCAGACAUUUUGCAACAAGUGAAGGAAAUUGAUGUUACAUUUGGAAGACCAACAGAGUUGAAUAAUAGAAGGAAAAGAAAUAGACAAAGAAAUGUUGGGGAAAAUGUAACUCAACAAUGGAGAAAAAAAAGCAUAUUCUUUAAUCUUCCAUAUUGGGAAUUCAACUUGUUACGCCAUAAUUUAGAUGUUAUGCACAUUGAGAAGAAUGUGUUCGACAAUGUUAUAUACUCUUUGCUAAAUGAUAAACAUAAAUCAAAGGAUCAUGUUAAUGCUCGAAAAGAUCUACAAGAUAUGGGUAUAAGGCGUGAUCUAUGGCCAGACGAGAAUGAGAAUUGUUGGCUUGCUGCAUUUACCAUUCCAGUUAAUAAGAGACUUGCCUUUCUCAAAACUUUAAAGAAUGUCUCUGUGCCGGAUGGUUACUCAAGUAAUAUUUCUCGUGGUAUUGAUCUGGAUAAUAAGAGGAUAUUUGGAUUAAAGACUCACGAUUGUCACAUCAUUAUGGAGCAAUUAUUGCCCAUAGCAAUUCGGAAUGUGCUUCCAAACCAGGUUGUGGCAACCUUGGUAGAGCUUUCUUCAUUUUUUAGACAACUUUGUUCGAAAACCUUGAGCCUCUCGGACCUUGAAAAGCUACAAGAUCGGAUUGUACUCACACUUUUCCACUUAGAGAUAUUGUUCCCUACAUCCUUUUUUACUGUAAUGGUUCAUUUAACUGUCCAUCUAGUGGAUGAAGUAAUGAAAGGUGGUCCGGUACAUUAUCGGUGGAUGUAUUUUGUUGAAAGAUUGUUAGGCCAUUUCAAGUCCCUUGUAGGGAAUAAAUCACAACCAGAAGGUUCCAUAGCUGAAGGUUACAUAGUUGAAGAAGCUCUGACUCUUUAUUCUCGUUAUUUUGAGGAUAUGGAGUCGAGAGUAAAUAGGCCUGAUGAACCAAAUCAUAACAUGGCUCCUGAGGAAUCAUCUUUGUUCCCUCCACAAGGUAAACCUGUCGGAGGCUCAAAUUUCCCUUUGACUCAACUGGAGAAGACUCAAGCUCAUCGCUAUGUGUUACUUAAUUGUGCAGCAGUAAAGCCGUUUAUUGAUCAACUCCUUCGUAGUGAAUUUAGAGAUCACAUAAGAAGGAGUUCAAGAGGUCGUCGAAAACUUUUGCCAACAGAAAUAGAAAAGAGAGUUAAUAAGGAGUUUCCUGAUUGGUUUCCAAAGCGAAUUAUGAAUCCGGAUAUAGCCAAUACAAUCUCUACUGAUUUGGAGUUUUUAGCGCGGGGUCCGAUGACAAAUGCAAGAAGGUUCACUGCUUAUAACAUUAAUGGAUUCAAAUUUCGGACUUUGUCUAGAGAACAAGGAUCGAAAACUCAAAACAGUGGAGUUUUCCUUACCUCUGACACCUUGUGUAUUGCAUCUAAUGCUGAUAGAUAUGCGAGGCAAGCGGACUUGCCAUAUUAUGGGAAGGUGGAAGAUAUUAUUGAGCUUAAUUAUUAUGGUCGAUUCAUGGUUUGUCUCUUCAAAUGUCAAUGGGCUGACACUACUCGGGGUAGAGGGUUCAAAAGAGAUGCUUGGAGUUUUAAUUGUGUCAAUUUUUCUAGAUUGAUUCACACCGGCGAUCGUGAGGAUCAUGAUCCUUAUAUUGAAGCAUCUCAAGCAAAUAUGGUCUAUUAUGUUGAUGAUGAAAUUGAUGAAGGAUGGAGUGUGGUUGUACAUUUAAAGCCAAGAGAUUUGUUUGACAUGGGAGAGCUUGAUGAAGGAGAAAUGUACGAGAAUGAGCCAUACCAACAACAAGAUUUUGAUCAAUUUUUUGAUGUUGAUUAUGAAAAUGUCCCAAUUGCAAUAGAGGAGCAUAUAUCUGAAUAG